AUGGCGACUGAGACCCGUCCACCUCCAGCUCUCACCUUUCCCCGCCCCAUCUUCGCCGCUGUCUCUCCACACCCGUUCCUCCAAGCGCACCUCUCUGCUGAGAAGAAGAAGCCUGUACGCGCCAACGGCCGAACCGCCAAUGAGUUCCGAACACCAGGAGUAAACACUGGUAGCUUGACACAUUGCAAUGGCAGCGCAGUCGUGCGCCUGGGCAACACGAGCGUGGUUUGCGGCGUACGUGCAGAAAUCUUGAAAGAGGAAGACAUAUCAGGCGCCUUUGAAUACCCCAAAGAUCUGGCAGGCCAGGACGAUUCACCGCAAGAGGAAGAUAGUGAGGAAGUAGAAGGACUGAGGCUGGUGGUUCCAAACGUCGAGCUUUCUACUGGAAGCACACCCUCGCACAUUCCGGGCAACGCUCCCUCAACAUACGCACAAACACUCAUUACGCGGAUACGAUCGCUCAUUCAUUCAACGCGACUACUCCGCCCUUCAGAUCUCCGUAUUCUAUACAAACCCUCUACAAACCCCGAGGACCCCGAUGUGGAAGCUGAAACACAGUUGAAGGGGUACUGGGUCCUGUAUUUAGACAUCUUUUUCAUAAGCAUUGAUGGAAAUGCGUUUGAUGCAGCCUGGAUAUCCAUGCUCGCUGCUCUGCGCGACACUCUUAUACCACACGCAUACUAUGACGAGGAGUUUGAGGGGAUACUAUGUUCCGACAAUCCGCAAGAAGCGCGUCGAUUGCGAUUACAAGGUCUGCCGAUACCCAGCACAUAUGCGGUGUUUGAGGGCAGGAAGGAAGAAGAUGAAGACGUAGACUGGGUACUCAGUGAUCCUGAUGCUUUUGAGGAAGGAGUAUGCAGAGAGACUGUCAGUGUAGUUGUGGAUUGCCAGGGUAGGAAGAAGGGCACGAAGGAUUUGGUGAUUCGAAGAGUGGAGAAGAGUGGUGGGGGUGUCGUUGGAAGAGAGCUAAUGGGCAGUUUGAUUAAGAGGAGCAUUGAUCGUUGGGGUGCUGUCGAGGCUGUGCUGGGCGGCAAAGCCUGA